GUGCUUUGUCAGUCACUGUGAAUGCAGGGGCAGGAGGGCAAGGACGGUCUGCGCUCUGCAGCACCAGAUAAUUUUCCAAGUUAAUUCCGACCCUGUUGCAAGAAACUCAUAAAGCUGCUAUUGCUCAGUCACUCCUGGUCUCCUCGUUAAGUUAUCUGUGACCGAAUGCCUGGAAACACGCAUUGUUGUGUCUGCUGCCGUUACACGAGGGCUGUCAGCACGGAGCCUGCGAGUGCUGGGCAGGCAGCAGGGAAGCCGGAGCGGUGCAGGACUCAAUCCAAAGGUUAUCCAAGUCAUCAGGAAGCAUCACGCUAGCUCCUGCAGCCUUCGGCGAAGAUACAACUCCUUUCACUGUAGCCCCUGCAACAGGCGUUACUUAAUAACCCUGAGUAGCGAAACAGAAGAAAAUUUCUUUGAAAGUAUGUGCCAAUCUCCCAAAUAGCAUUUCCAGCAAAAAGGCCACUUAACAGCUACUACCGCUGCAGACAGAAAAGGAAAAUGAGGCCUUCCUCACCUCUCCAGUGCCACAGCGCAUCUAGUGCCAGGAAAUGGCUCUGAAAUCGAGGCACAGGCUUUCGCCACUGCUUGUUCCAGCUAUAAAGAAUGUGUGCGUUUCGAUGAGGCUUUCAGACAUCGGGAAGAUACUCAUUAAGAGGGUGAAAUCCAGAGCAGAGGCUGCACAGCGCCUUGGGCAGCACUUGGGAGUUCCAGUGUUUCUUCUGUUUCUUCUUAAUGUGACGAAACCUGAGCAUGAAUGGGAAGAGUUCAUUCGUAAUGCGGUCAGCCCCUGCGAUGUCGAGCUGAGAAAGUCUGUGGUUGUUAUUUCCUCCUGUGGGGUGUUUGUGGAUGACCAUCGCUGUCCCGAGAGCACCAGCCUGCGCAGCAGACAGCACGGUGUAUCCGGGCAGACAGCAGGCAGUGUCUGGGCAAACGUCGUGGUGUGUCCUGCUCAUGGCCAUGCCCAGCUUUGCCUAUUCGAUGUGCUGUCCGUCCCUACGUGCACAUUUCCUGAAUGGCCCUUUACCUCUGGAGCUGCAGCGGGCCACGGAGCGAGCUGUGGUGCUAGGGUCACCCUCUGCACCCCGACCACCAGUGGGUGCAGAAGCAGAUGCUGGAGGGGCGACGCAGUGACAGCAAUCACUCACUUCCCGAAGGAGCAGAGAGGUGGUCCCGACCCGCACCCAGCGCUGCUGGUAACAAAACGAGCUGGAAGCGUCCCAGAGCUGACUGCUCCCCUUGGUGAGACGAAGCGUGCAAGGACUGUGACGGCAGAUGCCAACGGGGGCUGAAAUAGGCAGAAGAGAAAAGGUUUCACAGGGGGACCUGAACAUCGCAGCGGCCCAUUGAGAACCCAGGCCUCCUGCUUGUCGCAGCAUCCAGCAGUGCAAAAACGAAGGGAAUUGCUGCUUACAGCACUGGCUGGGAUUUAGGGUAAACUGAAGGAAAUAUUUCUUCAUCUGGAGUGUGGUCACUCUUCGUUGCUGCAGGAAGUUGAGUAACUGGGUUUAGAAAGAGUUGGUUUUAGAAAGAGCCGGGGCACUGCCUGCCCGCUGCGCUCUGUGCAUCCGCGGGUCUGGAGGCAACUGCAUGGUGAGGGGCCGCGAGCAGAUGUCCCAGUGCCUCUCAGGAAAGGACUCGUGAACCUCCAGUCCUGCAAAAAAAGCCUGGCUGAGCAAUGGUCCUCUUGUGACACUCAUAAGAAAACCCAUUUCUGAUUUAUCUGCUGCUUGGGCCAGCCACCAGAAGAGCAGCGUUAGGAAAUGAGGCUGUCCUUAGGGGCAGCGCAGUGGCAUGAGUUUAGGAACCUGCGACGGACUGGUUCCGUACUGCUGCACGCGACUGUCACGGUACUGAAAUGUAUUGGUCACCAAGGGAUUCCCAAAUUAGAUGGGCCAUGAUUUGAGUUAAUAGUAAUGUAAAGGAAACACCACUGGCAAAAUGUGACUUACAGCCCUCUGCUAGCAGCAACCUGCUGGUUGCUUGUGCUGCACCCGGGGAAGUCAGCUGCAGGCCAUCUUUGGACUCAGCAGAUUUUGCAUGAAGCU